UAUCAGUAAUAACGAGAAGACGACUUCUCCCCCAAGGCGAAAAGCCAGGGGAACAGAGGCGAGACGAGCGCUUCCCUCCUGCGUGCGCUCGCUCUGUCGUCGUCGUAUGGGCCAGUGCGCAUCGAGGAGGGCGAGGCGGGCACGCGGCAGACGGUGGCGAGAAGAUGAGGACGCGGCGUCGGACAAGGUCGGUUGCCUCGCGGUGGCGAAGGAGAAGCGGUCCAGGUUCUACAUCCUGCGGCGGUGCGUGGUGAUGCUUCUCUGCUGGCACAAGUACGGCAAGUGCUGAACCCCAUCCUGACGGCGCCAUGUUCCCUCGUUUCUUCACGCUUCCCUCAUCUGCAGGUGGCCUUCUUGAGUCCGAAGAGAAGCAACGAAGUUGGACUAAAUGGAUGGAAACAGAGAUGCCUCAUGAAGUCAAGCCUGGUGGAAAGGAAACAAGACCAGGAGACUUGUGACAAAAAUUGAUGCUCAAGUUUAGGUCAUGGAAUUUGAGGUUCGUCAUACAGUGAAAACCAAACAUUAACCCUGUGAAAGUAAUUGUUUUAGCAA